AUCACGCAUGCGCAGUGGGUCUGUCCCCGGAGGUAACAUGGCGUCUGUCAGGAUGAAGCCGUGCGUGUGGUCGCUGCUGCUCCUCCAGCUCUGCUCCGGACUCGUGUCCUCGCUGUACUUCCACAUCGGAGAGACGGAGAAGAAGUGCUUCAUCGAGGAGAUCCCGGACGAGACCAUGAUCAUCGGAAACUACCGCACGCAGCUGUACGACAAGCAGCGGGAGGAGUACCUGCCCGCCACCCAGGGCCUGGGCAUGUUCGUGGAGGUCAAGGAUCCAGACGACAAGGUGAUCCUGUCCCGUCAGUACGGCUCCGAGGGACGAUUCACCUUCACGUCUCACACGCCCGGAGAACAUCAGAUCUGUCUGCACUCCAACUCCUCCAAGUUCUCCCUGUUCGCUGGAGGCCUGCUGAGGGUUCACCUGGACAUCCAGGUGGGAGAGCACGCCAACAACUACGCUGAGAUCGCCGCCAAAGACAAACUGACGGAGCUGCAGCUGCGAGUGCGUCAGCUGGUGGAGCAGGUGGACCAGAUCCAGAAGGAGCAGAACUACCAGAGGUACCGUGAGGAGCGCUUCCGUCUGACCAGCGAGAGCACCAACCAGCGAGUCCUGUGGUGGUCCAUCGUCCAGACCCUCAUCCUGGUCGCCAUCGGCAUCUGGCAGAUGAGACACCUCAAGAGCUUCUUCGAGGCCAAGAAGCUGGUGUAACCCCUAUGCUUGUGUGUGUGUCUGUGAGAGAGUGAGUGUGUGUGUCAGAGAGUGUCUGUGUGAGUGUGUGUCUGUGUGAGAGUGUGUGUGUGUGUGGUCUCUACUGAUUGAUGAAUUACUGAGCAGUGGCGGCGGCUGCUUUCGGGAGGAAGAACUGCUGAGGAGAUGUGACACAUGAGAAUCCAGCAGCACAAUUUGGCUUGAAAACAACAUUUUCAUCAUCAUCAUUAUUAUUAUUAUUGUUGUUGUUGUUAAUGUCCUUGUGUCCUCACACACUGUCUGUAACGAGCCCUUCACGUUUGCAGCAGACGAUCACGUGUCAGAUACGUUUGAUUUCUUUAAUUUAAGUUCAGCAGGAGGACAAAUUAGUCUGCGUCCGUCGGGAAGUUAAAACCAUGUGUUUUACAGUUCUGCAAUCUUUUAUUAUUAUUGUAUAUUGUCCCUUUUUCUUUGGUGUUACUUACUCAAAGUUCUUGACGUGUUACUGGCCACUAGAGUUUAUAUGAACCUCACUUGAAACUGUUGAUCGAGUCCUAGGUCUCUGAGUGACGACUGGAACUCGAAUCUGAAUUCAUCUGUAGAAGAGUUGGACAGAUUGAAGUUUUUGUAUCUUCACCAGAUGAGAUGAUUUCAUAAACUAAAUAAAAUUAGGUGAAAUGUUGAA